AUUGUACCCCCAAGGUAUUCUAAAUCAUUGGUAUUAUGGCAUCGCCCUUGUUCAUCCUCCUGCUCCUUCAGUCUUUUCUUGUUUCCACUUCUGCUUCUUCCACCACUUCUUUAGUUAAUCAAACAGAAACUCUUCUCAAAUGGAAAGCCAGUCUUGACAACCAAAGCCAAAGCCAAAGCUUCCUCUCUUCCUGGGUUGGGGAAACUCCUUGCAGUUGGGUUGGAAUUACUUGUGACAAAGUUGGAAGCAUCACCAACAUAAGCUUUUCAAAUUUUGGUCUCAAAGGUACACUCGGCAACCUUAACUUCUUGGCCUUCCCCAACCUAAUUCGCUUUGAUGUUGGUAAUAAUUCACUUUAUGGGGCCAUUCCUUCUGACAUCGUUAACUUGUCCAAACUCACUUUUUUCAAUUUGUCUACUAAUGAUAAUUUUUCUGGAAAUAUUCCCAAGGAUAUAGGAAGGUUGAGUUUGCUUACCGUACUCGACCUUGCUUGGAACCAACUUAGUGGUUCACUUCCUGUUUCGAUCGGAAAUUUAAGUAAUUUAUCUUACCUUGCUGUCCCUGGCAAUAACCUCAACGGUUCCUUGCCUCAAGAAGUUGGAAUGAUGAGAUCACUUGUUGUGGGUCAUUUAGCAUCGAAUUCCUUUACUGGUCCAAUCCCUGCAUCAAUAGGAAAUUUAAGCAAUUGUCAAUAUCUUUUCCUUUUUGAAAAUGAGCUAUCUGGUUCAAUUCCUAGUGAAAUAGGAAGCUUAAGUUCACUUAUUGAUCUUCGCCUUGAAGACAAUCAGUUAUCUGGUUCUAUUCCUAGUGAAAUAGGAAGGUUAAGUUCACUUAAUCAACUUCACCUUGAAGACAAUCAGUUAUCUGGUUCUAUUCCUAGUGAAAUAGGAAGGUUAAGUUCACUUAAUCAUUUUGACAUUGAAAACAAUUACUUAUCUGGUUCUAUACCUCAAGAACUUGGGAUGAUAAAAUAUCUUUCUACGCUUGAUUUCUCCAAUAACUUCCUAACUGGUAUGAUCCCGAAAGCAAUGGGAAAUCUUAGCCAUUUAGUAUAUCUUUACCUUUAUUCAAAUGAGCUCUCUGGUUCUGUUCCUCGUGAAUUAGGAAUGAUUCAAUCACUUGUCCACUUGGAGUUGUUAGAAAAUAAUCUCACAGGUGUUAUACCGACUUCCAUAGGAAACUUGACAACACUUAGUCGUUUACAUCUUGGAGAUAACAUGCUUUCUGGUCCAAUCCCAGCUUCCAUAGGAAACUUGACAAGGCUUACUAUUUUACAGCUUAGAAAUAACUCUUUGUCUGGGCCUAUUCCAGUAGAAAUGAAUAACCUCACUGUUUUGGAAUAUUUACAAUUAAAUGAUAAUCAACUCACUGGCCGUGUACCUGACAAUGUAUGCCUUGGUGGCUCACUCAAAUAUUUGGCUGUCAGCAGAAACCAUUUAACUGGUCCCAUCCCAAGAAGUUUGAGAAAUUGCACUAGCUUAUACAGGGCAAGGCUUGAAGAGAAUCAACUUGAAGGAAAUAUAUCAGAAGCUUUUGGCAUUUAUCCCAGCUUGUAUUUUAUUGAUUUGAGUGAUAACAAGUUGUACGGUGAACUUUCUCCAAAUUGGGGUCUAUGUCAAAAGCUCACAAGCUUGAUGAUCUCCAACAAUAAGGUAUCUGGUAGGAUACCUCCUGAGCUAGCUCAAGCCACUAACUUGACUCGGCUUGACCUCUCUUCAAAUCAGCUGAGUGGGGAAAUUCCUAAGGAAAUAGGCAAGCUGACAACCCUGGGUUAUCUCUUGCUAAAUGACAACCAACUCUUUGGUAGAAUCCCACCGGAGAUAGGAAACCUAGUUAAUCUGCAACAACUUAGCUUGGCAAAGAACAAUCUGACUGGAGCAAUUCCAGAACAACUUGGGAAUUGCUUCAGGUUAUUACAAUUGAACCUGAGCAACAAUCUAAUUGGCGAAAGUAUUCCAUCUGAAAUAAGCAAAAUAUUUGCCCUUGAAACUCUUGAUUUGAGUUGGAAUAUAUUAACAGGAGAGAUUCCACAAGAGCUUGGAGGAUUACGUGCGUUGGAAAUGCUGAAUCUUUCUCAUAAUAUGCUCUCCGGUUUCAUUCCUCUUACUUUUGAUGAAUUGAAGAGCUUAACAUAUGUUAACAUCUCUUAUAAUCAGUUAGAGGGCCCUAUCCCGCCUAUUAAAGCUUUCCUUCUUGCCCCAUUUGAUGCUCUUAAAAACAAUAAAGGCCUCUGCGGCAAUGCCAUCGGCCUCCGGCACUGUGUCUCUGAAGGUCAGAAGAAAAGCACCAGCGGACUAGUGGUUUUAAUCAUUACGCCAAUUUUGGGUGUUCUAUCCCUCUACGGGCAAUUCAACUCCAACUAUUGGAUUGGCUCAAGAGGAUAUGGGAAUAUUUACAAAGCUGCUUUGACAACAGGCCGAGCUGUUGCAAUGAAGAAACUUAACCCAUCAGAUGACAAUCAAUCGAUCAAUUUGCAAGCAUUUGAAAGUGAGAUUCAUGCUCUAGCGGACAGACGACAUCAUAACAUUGUCAAAUUGUAUGGUUUUUGUUCUAAUGCAGAGUACUCAUUCUUAAUCUAUGAGUUUGUAGAAAGGUGGAGCUUGAGGACAAUUUUGAGCAACUCAGAAGAAGCGGCAGAAUUGGAUUGGGAUUAGAGAUUGAACAUUGCUAAAGGGUUAGUGAGUGCUUUAUCUUACAUGCACCAUGAUUGUCCUUCACCAAUAAUCCAUUGUGAAAUUUCUAGCAACAAUGUUUUGUUAGAUUUGGAUUAUGAAGCUCAUGUCUAGGACUUCAGAAGUGAAAGAGGUCAUUUAAUAAUGUUAGUUCUUUCUCCACAUCUUUCUUCAUUUAUGUCUCCUCUGGUUUACUGUUAUUGACCCAUUUGAUAUUCCAUGCUGAUCACCAGUUAUUCGUUCCGUUUCUGCAUUUAAUAAUUUGUUUGUUAUAGCAGUAGAUUAAGUAAUAAUGUCACUAUAACACACUUAUACCGGCCAGCAACAUUAGCUGUACCAAUUUGCAAAGACUAUUCAAGUCAAGACUAAAAAAUCUGUAAGAAUGUGUGGCUGUAUGCAUAAUGAAUGUGUUCUAUCCUA